AUGUCGCUGGUGCCACCUGGCGGUGCGGAUUCGCCGAGUCCAAGGCGCGCUGUCAGCCCGCUCCUUGAGAUGCGGCGGCCGCAUUGCACCCUGGCCUGCGAUUACUGCGCGGCCAUCUUGGAAGACAAGUUCAAACGGAAUACGGAUAUGAGAAAUCGAGGGACAUCUCCGCUGUCGGCGUCACCGAGACAAUCACUGACGGGUGAACCCCCCUGGACACUACCGGAAGAUGACCGUCCCGACUUCUCAGCCUUGAAAGAAAAUAUUCAGAAAAUAAACAAAGAUUGCGAGACUUCGACACGUUUGGACGUUUUACUGACACAAGUGGAACAAUACGCGAACAACUUGGAAGCUCUAGUCGAGGAGAGGACUUCCGACUAUCUGGAGGAGAAGAGGAAAUGUGAGGAGUUGUUGUAUCAACUGUUACCUAAAUCGGUGGCAUCACAACUUAUUCUUGGACAGCCAGUGAUGGCAGAGACAUACGACCAAGUAACCAUCUACUUCAGCGAUAUUAUCGGCUUCACGAAACUCUCAGCGGAGUCCACUCCACUAGAAGUAGUCGAUCUGUUGAAUGAUUUGUAUACAAGCUUCGACUCUAUUAUAGAGAACUUCGACGUGUAUAAGGUGGAGACUAUAGGUGACGCAUACAUGGUGGUGUCUGGGCUACCAAUGAGGAACGGCAGCCGGCACGCGGCGGAGAUCGCGCGCAUGUCACUAGCUCUGUUGGGAGCUGUGCGAGUUAAGACAGUACCACACCGGCCGGGGGAGAGGCUGCUACUGAGGAUCGGGAUGCACACAGGGCCGUGUGUGGCGGGCGUUGUGGGGUUGAAAAUGCCUCGCUACUGUCUGUUCGGGGACACGGUCAAUACUGCCUCGAGGAUGGAGUCUCACGGCGAGGCUCUCAAGAUACACGUCAGUCCGAAGACCAAGGAGAUACUUGAUUUGUACGAUUGCUUCGAUCUAGAGUGUCGGGGGGAAAUUACAAUGAAGGGAAAAGGAAAAAUGGUAACAUAUUGGUUAAUAGGAGAAAAACCGAAUGAAUCAAGAGACACCGAAAUAAAUUGCAACCAAAUCACUCAAACUAAUCCUAGCAUAACAUUCCAAGGACCUGAUAGUCCCGCUGCUCAUUCUUUAACUCACAGCCAAAGUCCUGAACGUAACGGUACUAAGGAAACCAGCAAGAAUACACCAGAAGAAUUACUGAGUGAAAGAGAUCGUAUUAAACAUGAAAUAGCAACAUUCGUCGCGAAAGAUCUAAUCAAUAACAUAGACAACGCUGUUAAAGAAUUCAGAAAAUCACAGAGCGCUACUUUUAGCUCUUCGCCUGCGAACAAAACUGUCUGCAAUGGAAAUGAAAGAGGCUUAAUAACUCCUACGUAUGAUAAAGAAUUAGUUAUCAGUAAAGGAAAAGUACGUGAUGUUGUGAAUAGAUUUAACAGCGGAGUGAACACAGAAUCUCCAAAUAAUAGCAAAACUAAACCUCUGUAA